GUUAGACAAAAGAGAAUUUAUCUCUCUCUCUUCUUCAUUCUCAUUCUCUCUCUUCUCGAUCUACCCAAAGUAGCGGGAGCGAAUAGUAAAACAAUGACCGAUCACCACCACCACCACCACCACGCGCGGCUGAGCCGCCUCCGUACAACAACCCAGCUCCUCCGUCAAACCACAGCUUCUUUCUCUUCUCACCCUCUCACUUUCAUCUUCCUCACUUUCCUCCUCUUCUCCUUCCACUCUCUCGUCGAUCAUUGCUCUCUUCUCUUAACCUCUUUCGUCGAUAGUGACCCUUCUCUUCGCUCUCUCCUCUCUCGCCUCCCUCUUUACUCUCACUCCCAUACCCCCACGCGCUUCCAUCAUCACCGACGUGCUCCGUUUCUUCAGCUCACGCGCCUUGGUACCUUAGACGACGACUUCUUCUCCACCGACGAAAACGAUCCUCAUCGCCGAUCUCUUCAAGGCUCUUCCUUUCGUUCACCCAUCAACGCUACGACUGUAUUUCUCUCCGGAUUCGAGAGCAUUUCUGGAUUGUCUCGUCCAAUCGCCGAUAACGGACUUCUCCUUCCUCAAAUCAUUCGCUCCGGCGUCGUUUUACGGCAGCUCGAGAAGGACGAUCUUGGCGGCGAUGAAGAAGAUAUGAAAUUGGAUGAAUCUGAGCUCGAUCGUGAAACUGAGAAGAAAGAUAAAGAAUUUGAGAGUUUUGUGGAUCUGAAGAUGUUUUUUAAAGGAUUGGAGUUAGGACGUCAUGACGCUGCGGCUCUGUUCUUCUUGGUGAGCUUUUUAUCAGCUGCUUAUGGAUGGGUGAUUCUAGGGUUUACCACUGUUUACUCAUUGGUGUUGGCGAUUAUGUUUGUUACUGUAAUCAACGAUUUGCUUGGUAGGUUUCCUUCGUUUCUUGGGGUUGUUUGGAGUGGUUCAAGAUUGGGGUUUAAGAGAGUUACAGGAUUCGUUUUAAUGAGAUGGGCAGUGAGAGAUGCUUUGACACAGCUUCUUGGUUUAUGGUAUUUUGGAGAGGUUGAAGAUCAGUUCUCGUUUUUCAGGCUCUUUGUGAGGUUAAAGUUGAUGCCUUUCACUGUUAUGCCGCCAUGGAUUAGAGGCUUCGAGAAGGAGAUAUCGGGUUUCUUGUUCGCUUGGUUUCUACUUGAUACGCUUGUUGGUUUGAUAUUAGCUGUUGAUGCGUUUGUUGCUAUUGUGGAUUCAAGAAGGAGAGGAAGGGAGAUCGUGAAGGAAGGUCUCUAUUUGAUUUCUCUUCUGUUGCAUCAGGCCGUGCAGCUAAAGUGUCUUGAAGCGAUUCUUUGUGGAUCUUUCUUCAGAUGGGUUCUGGUUCGAAUGCUAGGGAAAAGCUUUGCUUCUGUGAUCCAAUCUGCGUUGGAAGUUUACUUCAUGGCGGCUUGGUUAGUGUUCUACUUAGCAGCUAAGUGUAAAGAUGCGCACGCAGACGGUAGGAGGUUUGGGAGAAGAGAAAUGGAGAACUUGAUCGAUGGGCUGAGAUGAUAAUGAAUUGGGGAUCUCUAGGAUAAUCUUUUGGUUUCCAAAGGACUAAACCUUGGCUUCGAUGCUUAAUGCCAGUGGCGACAUCUCUAUGCCACAAGUUGUCAUGACUUUAGGUUCCUUUGGAUUUAGAAUUACAGUUAAUUGAUAAGAAUUGCCAACAAUUCGAUGUAUGUACGCACCUAGGAUUACUUGUUAGCUAUGAAAGAGGGAGCAUGAUACAACUACUGUGUAUACUCAUUUGCAAGAUUUUCCUUUGUAUAUAUCUUGCUGCAUUUUUUGAUAUCUAUACCAUGAGGUGAUCAAUUUUUUUUUUUAUCAUUUUGGGAAUGAUUAUAGAAACCCUUUGGAUACAUUACUCGGCUUAAAUGUACUUAUCUUGUAGCCAUUUUAA